AUGGCCGCUCAGCUUCCCGGUUCAACGGUUUUAAUACUUCUUACAAUUACGACAUCAAAUGCUCAGUAUUUGUGUUCAUCAGUAAUCUGUCCGUUGGGACAAGUAUGCAACGUCAAUACCGGGCAAUGUAUUGAAAUUCCGCAAGCUUAUUUUGAAAGAAGUCAAUGUGACGCCGUGCACUGUCCAGGCGGUAGCCAUUGUGAUGGUGGGAGAUGUGUACCAACCGUUAAACCAGUCUACAAUCAAGCACCGUGCUUGAAACUUACGUGUGCACCUGGACAAACCUGUGAUCCAACUAGAAAUCGAUGUGUCAAUUACAAACUGCGGUUUAUGAAACCUUCAAGGAGACUAAAACAGCUGCAUUACUAUCGAAGUGCUGCUCCAACGAUUGCAACCCCCAUGGAUAUUAGCUGUUAUAACAUCAGUUGUCCGCUUGGAUAUCAAUGUAACACUUUCACAAAACGCUGUAUUCAGUUCCGAAGUUUAGAUUCAGAUCUAUGUCUGCAUGUAAACUGUCCAAAAGGGUAUCAGUGCAAUAUGGCAAGCGGAAUUUGCUCACUAGUACUGCCACAGAACACCGAUUCAUGCUAUGGUGUUGAAUGCCCCAGAGGAACGGCAUGUGAUACAGCAACCGGAAACUGUGUCAUCUUCAGAUUACCACACAAUACUGUAGAUUACUGUUUCGGUACCACCUGCCCAAACGGCGGCAUUUGUGAUCCCACAACUGGUCGUUGCAUUCCGCCAUCAACCCUAAUUAUGCAGGAGACUAUAGCCAGAAAUCCUUGUGCCAGUGUCAAUUGCCCAUUUGGUGUUUGCGAUCCACAGACUGGACGGUGUGCACAGUACAAGUGGACACAAAUUUCGCCGCCUUCAGUCAUACAAAAAUCACUUUGUGAUGGUACAGUUUGCCCACAAGACACAGCAUGUGAUGAUACUACUGGGAACUGCGUCCAGUAUAAGACCCAAGGUUCACGUGGUCUACAUAAAAAGGGCUUUUGCAUCGACGUUAAAUGUCCACAGGGUACUAGUUGUGAUACAAAUACUGGAAUAUGCAGACAAUUCCGCCCAGUUCAAGCAAAAAUUUAUACUGACCUAUGCGCCUAUGUUCAAUGUCCAAAUGGUUAUCAAUGUGAUCCAAAAUCUGGUGUUUGUACACACAAUCGACCAAUACGUCGCAUGCUGGCUGAACCGGUGUCAUGCCCCUUACAUAGUCAUUAUGUACAAUGCAGUUCGUCUUGUCCAUACACGUGCAAUGAUGUUCGUCGACCAUGUUCGAGUCCAUGUAUCAGCACGUGUCAAUGCGAUGAUACCUAUGUUCAAGUCAGCAUCACCAAUGUUACCUGUGUGCCGGCAGAAGAAUGUAAAAUUUAUGGUCGUGACUUAUGCACAACAUUGAAGUGUCCAGACAGUAUGGUAUGUGUUGACGGUUACUGCAAUCCAGUGAACUGCCCGCAUUUAACAAAACCUGAUCUUCCACGCGGAUGUGCCUACGAUUUGAAUCGGGAUGAGCGCAACUGCUUGGUGUUUGAUGUUGUUUGUUGA